ACCCGCUGGCUGGAUGAGGGGUCCUUUCUGGGCAGGACCCGCCCUUUGGUCCCUCAGAGCCUGGGCACUUGGAUCUGAACCUUGCGCAGGGUAGGAGUUCGCGCGGACGUCAGAUUCCAGAAUGACUGCCAUCUUGACUUACGCUUUUAAAAAUCUUCCUACUACAUCAAAAUGGGCCCUCAAAUUUUCCAUAAGACCUCUGAGCUGUUCCUCCCAGCUGCGAGCUGCCCCAGCCGUCCAGACCAAAACGAAGAAGACGUUAACCAAACCCAAUAUAAGGAAUAUUGUGGUGGUGGAUGGUGUUCGCACUCCAUUUUUGCUGUCAGGCACUUCGUAUAAAGACCUGAUGCCACAUGAUGUGGCUAGAGCAGCACUUACAGGUUUGUUGCAUCGGACCAGUGUCCCCAAGGAAGUAGUUGAUUAUAUCAUCUUUGGCACAGUUAUUCAGGAAGUGAAAACAAGCAAUGUGGCUAGAGAGGCUGCCCUUGGAGCUGGCUUCUCUGACAAGACUCCUGCUCACACUGUCACCAUGGCUUGUAUCUCUGCCAACCAAGCCAUGACCACAGGUGUUGGUUUGAUUGCUUCUGGCCAGUGUGAUGUGGUCGUGGCAGGUGGUGUUGAGUUGAUGUCUGACAUUCCUAUUCGUCACUCAAGGAAAAUGAGAAAACUGAUGCUUGAUCUCAAUAAGGCCAAAUCUGUGGGCCAGCGACUGUCUGUAAUCUCUAAAUUCCGAUUGAAUUUCCUAGCACCUGAGCUCCCUGCAGUUGCUGAGUUCUCCACCAGUGAGACCAUGGGCCACUCUGCAGACCGACUGGCUGCUGCCUUUGCUGUUUCUCGGCUGGAACAGGAUGAAUAUGCACUGCGCUCUCACAGUCUGGCCAAGAAGGCACAGGAUGAAGGACUCCUUUCUGAUGUUGUACCCUUCAAAGUACCAGGAAAAGAUACAGUUACCAAAGAUAAUGGCAUCCGACCUUCCUCACUGGAGCAGAUGGCCAAACUAAAACCUGCGUUCAUCAAGCCCUACGGGACAGUCACAGCUGCAAAUUCUUCUUUCUUGACUGAUGGCGCAUCUGCAAUGUUGAUUAUGGCAGAGGAAAAGGCUCUGGCCAUGGGUUAUAAGCCGAAGGCAUAUUUGAGGGAUUUUAUGUAUGUGUCUCAGGAUCCAAAAGAUCAACUAUUACUUGGGUAGGUAGCAGUUUGUAUCCUUGGACUAUAAUCACAAGUAUUUGAUUGCCCACA